CCUUUCAAAGAUGGCCGCCCUGUUGUUUUGAUGAAUAAUACUUGGUGGGGCGAGGGGGAAAGAGUAGGGGUGGAGGGGUAGGAGGAUUUACUCUUCCAGCGAGAGCUACGCGCGUCCCAUCCUCCCCCUCCCCCCUACCCGGGCUCCGGCGUGGAGGCGGGGCGUGGCCGGCCUGCUUUGGGAGGGGAGGGGCUUCCCUUACAGUGCUGGGCUCUGCCAGGACGGCUGUGGGGUCGCCUUACCUCGGGGUAUCCACUCUGCAGUGGACCAGUUCCCGCCAGGGGCAAAGGGUAGGAAGGAGAGCAAGGAUCUGCUGUAGGAACGCAGCUACCGCGCCACUAUCACGAAGACACAGCAGGCUCGGGGCACGAGACGAGCUGGAGACCGCGCUGCCUAGUCUGGGUAACCUGGGAAGCAGACGGUAGUAAGUGGCGCCUUAAGAUAACCCUGUAGCAGCAGCAGUGGCGGCCAGAGGAGGCUGCUCAGGGAACAAGCGGCUGUAGUAGUCUCUGGGGCGAUUGGAGUGACCGAAGCCAAGGCAGUUCAGUGCCUCUUGUGUUCUUAUUUUUUAACCUCUGACUAUGCAAUUCUGAAACCUCCCCCAUUCGGGGGACGAGACAGCCUGAUAGACACCUUCUACUCUCCUUCCUCCCGCCGUGGUCUCGAGAACAGAAGGAUCUCUCCCUAACGCCUUUCACCAUUAAGAGGAAAGCGAUGGAGGAGCUGAGCGCUGAUGAGAUUCGACGGAGGCGCCUUGCACGACUUGCUGGUGGACAGACCUCUCAGCCAACCACCCCACUCACCUCUCCCCAGAGGGAGAACCCUCCGGGGCCUCCCAUAGCGGCAUCAGCCCCAGGACCCUCUCAGAGUCUUGGUCUCAAUGUCCACAACAUGACCCCAGCUACCUCCCCAAUAGGUGCAUCAGGAGUAGCCCAUCGAAGCCAGAGCAGUGAAGGAGUCAGUUCUCUCAGCAGCUCGCCCUCUAAUAGCCUUGAAACGCAAUCUCAGUCUCUCUCACGUUCCCAGAGCAUGGAUAUUGAUGGUGUCUCAUGUGAGAAAAGCAUGUCCCAGGUGGAUGUGGAUUCAGGAAUUGAAAACAUGGAGGUUGAUGAAAAUGAUCGAAGAGAAAAACGGAGCCUCAGUGAUAAGGAGCCUUCCUCGGGCCCUGAAGUGUCUGAAGAGCAGGCCUUACAGCUGGUCUGUAAGAUCUUCCGUGUCUCUUGGAAGGACCGGGACAGAGAUGUCAUCUUUCUUUCUUCUCUUUCUGCACAAUUUAAGCAGAACCCAAAAGAAGUGUUCUCCGAUUUUAAGGACUUGAUUGGCCAGAUUUUAAUGGAAGUGCUAAUGAUGUCCACUCAGACUAGAGAUGAAAACCCAUUUGCCAGUCUGACAGCCACAUCACAGCCAAUUGCUGCAGCAGCACGGUCACCAGACAGAAAUCUCUUGCUAAAUACUGGCUCCAAUCCAGGAACAAGCCCCAUGUUCUGCAACGUGGGUUCCUUUGGUGCCAGCUCUUUGUCUAGCCUCUAUGAAAGUAGUCCAGCUCCCACUCCCAGUUUCUGGAGCUCUGUUCCCGUGAUGGGCCCGUCUCUUGCCUCACCUUCCCGUGCAGCUAGCCAGUUGGCUGUGCCUUCCACUCCCCUCAGUCCUCACAGUGCAGCCUCUGGAACUGCUGCGGGAAGCCAGCCUUCAUCCCCGCGGUAUCGCCCCUACACUGUCACUCACCCGUGGGCGUCCUCAGGCGUCUCCAUUCUGUCAAGCUCCCCAAGUCCCCCUGCCCUUGCCAGUAGCCCCCAAGCAGUGCCCGCCAGCAGUUCCAGACAGAGGCCCAGCAGCACGGGUCCACCCCUACCACCCGCCUCACCCAGUGCCGCGAGCAGACGCCCCUCCUCCCUGAGGAUCUCUCCUAGUUUGGGAGCCUCUGGUGGAGCAAGUAAUUGGGAUUCCUACAGUGACCAUUUCACCAUUGAAACCUGCAAAGAGACAGAUAUGCUGAACUACCUCAUCGAGUGUUUCGACCGAGUUGGAAUAGAGGAAAAAAAAGCACCAAAGAUGUGCAGCCAGCCAGCAGUCAGCCAGCUUCUGAGCAACAUCCGCUCACAGUGCAUAUCCCAUACUGCUUUAGUACUACAAGGCUCCCUAACACAGCCCAGGUCCUUGCAGCAGCCGUCCUUCCUAGUGCCGUAUAUGCUGUGUAGGAAUCUCCCAUAUGGCUUCAUUCAGGAACUGGUGAGAACCACUCACCAGGAUGAAGAAGUGUUCAAGCAGAUAUUUAUCCCCAUUUUACAAGGCCUGGCUCUUGCUGCCAAAGAGUGCUCCCUCGAUAGUGACUACUUUAAAUACCCCCUCAUGGCACUAGGUGAGCUCUGUGAAACCAAGUUUGGAAAGACACACCCUGUGUGCAAUUUGGUUGCUUCUUUGCCGUUGUGGUUGCCGAAAUCCUUAAGUCCUGGCUGUGGGCGGGAGCUGCAGAGACUUUCUUACUUGGGGGCUUUCUUUAGCUUCUCCGUCUUUGCAGAAGAUGAUGUUAAAGUGGUUGAAAAAUACUUCUCAGGGCCUGCCAUUACCCUGGAAAACACUCGUGUGGUUAGCCAAUCAUUGCAGCAUUACUUAGAGCUCGGAAGGCAAGAGCUUUUUAAGAUUCUGCAUAGUAUUUUGUUAAAUGGCGAAACCCGUGAGGCUGCUCUCAGUUACAUGGCGGCUGUCGUCAAUGCCAAUAUGAAGAAAGCACAGAUGCAGACAGAUGAUAGAUUAGUAUCUACAGAUGGAUUUAUGCUGAAUUUCCUUUGGGUACUGCAGCAGCUAAGUACAAAAAUCAAGUUGGAAACAGUUGAUCCCACGUAUAUUUUUCACCCAAGAUGUCGGAUUACUCUUCCAAAUGAUGAGACACGUGUGAAUGCCACGAUGGACGAUGUGAAUGACUGGCUGACUGAACUCUAUGGCGAUCAGCCUCCAUUUUCUGAGCCGAAAUUCCCUACGGAGUGCUUCUUUCUCACCCUGCAUGCUCACCACCUGUCUAUUCUGCCUAGUUGCCGUCGCUAUAUCCGCAGACUCCGGGCUAUCCGGGAGCUCAAUAGAACUGUAGAAGAUUUGAAAAAUAAUGAAAGCCAAUGGAAAGAUUCCCCACUGGCAACCAGACACCGCGAAAUGCUGAAGCGCUGUAAAACUCAGCUUAAGAAACUGGUACGGUGCAAGGCCUGUGCUGAUGCUGGCCUACUUGACGAGAGCUUCCUGAGAAGAUGUCUGAAUUUUUAUGGCCUUCUCAUUCAGCUGCUGCUCCGCAUCCUGGACCCCGCAUAUCCCGAUAUAACGCUGCCUUUAAAUUCAGAUGUCCCCAAGGUAUUUGCAGCAUUGCCUGAGUUUUAUGUAGAAGAUGUUGCAGAAUUUUUAUUUUUUAUUGUACAAUACUCUCCCCAGGCGCUUUAUGAGCCCUGUACUCAGGAUAUUGUGAUGUUCCUUGUUGUGAUGUUGUGCAACCAGAACUACAUCCGAAACCCAUAUUUGGUGGCCAAACUGGUAGAAGUCAUGUUUAUGACCAACCCUGCUGUUCAGCCGCGAACCCAGAAGUUUUUUGAAAUGAUUGAGAACCAUCCUCUCUCCACCAAGUUGUUGGUACCUUCCCUGAUGAAGUUUUAUACAGAUGUUGAGCAUACCGGAGCCACCAGCGAGUUUUAUGACAAGUUCACAAUUCGCUAUCACAUUAGCACCAUUUUUAAAAGCCUUUGGCAAAACAUAGCUCACCAUGGCACCUUUAUGGAGGAGUUCAACUCCGGGAAGCAGUUUGUUCGCUAUAUAAACAUGUUGAUAAACGACACGACGUUUUUGCUUGAUGAAAGUCUGGAGUCUCUGAAGCGAAUCCAUGAAGUGCAGGAAGAGAUGAAGAACAAAGAACAGUGGGACCAGUUGCCCCGGGAUCAGCAGCAGGCCCGUCAGUCUCAGCUUGCUCAGGAUGAGCGCGUGUCCCGCUCUUACCUCGCCCUGGCCACCGAAACUGUGGACAUGUUCCACAUCCUCACAAAGCAGGUCCAGAAGCCCUUCCUCAGACCGGAACUUGGACCCCGAUUGGCGGCAAUGCUGAACUUUAAUCUUCAGCAACUCUGUGGCCCCAAGUGCCGUGACCUGAAAGUUGAAAACCCUGAGAAGUACGGCUUUGAACCAAAGAAGCUGUUGGACCAACUGACGGAUAUUUACUUACAGCUGGACUGUGCCCGGUUCGCGAAAGCCAUUGCUGACGACCAGAGAUCCUACAGUAAGGAGUUGUUUGAAGAAGUAAUUUCCAAGAUGCGGAAGGCAGGGAUCAAAUCCACAAUAGCGAUAGAAAAAUUUAAGCUGCUCGCCGAGAAAGUGGAGGAGAUAGUGGCCAAGAACGCACGCGCAGAAAUUGACUACAGUGACGCUCCUGAUGAGUUCAGAGACCCCCUGAUGGACACCCUCAUGACGGACCCCGUGCGGCUGCCCUCCGGCACCAUCAUGGACCGCUCCAUUAUCCUGCGGCACCUGCUCAACUCCCCCACGGACCCCUUCAACCGGCAGACGCUGACAGAGAGCAUGCUGGAACCAGUGCCAGAACUGAAAGAGCAGAUUCAGGCAUGGAUGAGAGAGAAACAGAACAGCGAUCACUAAACCGUUCCGCCGCCCACCCUCUGCUAGACACAGCCAAGGCCAACGAGGCAAGCAGAAGCAGCGGCCGCAGCAAAGCUGCCGUUCACGUGUUGGAGGCCAAAUGUGGCAAACCACCCCAGGCCACCCAGAGCGAGCGAAUGCUGAGACCUGAGAGGACAUGGAUGAGAAGAGGAGCCCGGUUCCUGUACAUAUAUUUAAGUGACAAACACGCUCAAAAGCUUAAAGGACAGGUUUUAUGGUUGCUUGUGUAAUAAAGCACGUCCUUCGUAUGUCACAGUUUGGGGCAACGGAAGUCUUUUAGUGAUGGCUAAUGGGUCUGGGCAGCAUCCCUUCAUGAAUUUUUUUUUUAAUCCAAUAUCCGUUGAUUUGAUUGUGAUUAGAGAACCUUGGACAUUUUGCUGCUAAAGAAUCUUUUCUCCCGUCUCCCCCUUCCUGACCCUACUUGCACUGCUGUGGAUUUUUUUAAGAGAAGCAAAAACAAAAAUAAACUCCUCUCCCUGGCCCACCAAACAUAUAUUCUGUGAGAUAACUGUGCCUGCUACCAAGUGUUAAUCCUGGGAUCGUAUUUUUAUAUCAUAUUCACAUAUUUGUUUUUUUAAUUGGUGUUAGAUGACAUGAUUAAUAAAAAAGGCAAGAUAUUUUCAGAAUUUGAAUUUCAGUUUUUUUUCUUUUGAAAUGUCCCUUUAAGAUUUUUUUAUUCUAAACAAAAUAAAGAAAAUCUUGCUGCUCUGGUCCUUGUAAUAAGCCUCUAUUAGGCACCUGAGGAGCAACUGCAGCAAAAUCUAGGGGUGUAAGUAUAUCAGGACUUACGUGACUUAUCGUAUUUUGGGAAGAUGAGGGUUGGGUUUUUUUUUGUUUGUUUGUUUUUAAUGCUAUGUGACAGUUCGAAACCUUCACAGUUAUCCUCUGGGGGUAAAUCAAUUCCUCAACCCUUGGGUGUGUGAGUUUGAGGCAGGGUCAUUUGUAUGAUGUGUCUGGCCUUACCAAAGCAAAAGAGGGUGCAAGAAUGUGGGAGUAUGUCUGCCGGUUUCAACACACAGACAAACACAGCCACACGCGCACACAAGUAUCAGACUUUUUGUAUUACCGCUCCCUACUUAACAUACUUGAAUUCUUGAAUUUCCUUUGGGGUAAAAAAGGAUUUGAAACCAUAAAGUGUUCUGAAGAAAUUAAGUCUAUAAAAAACAUACUUUCUUUUUUUUUUUCCUUUUUUCCCCUCCACAGACAAUGUCCUCUGUUCAAUUCCUAACGCAAACUACAAUAAAUGGUGAUACACAUUCAGAAGAAA